AUGGCAGCUUCAAAACUCUGGAUUGAAGCCACAAUGGGGUCCCCCGAUAGGUACAUGAAAUUCAAGAUUCUCAGCCCCACCCAGGUAGAAGAAUUCGAAACAGCUCAGAUGCUAUCAUCGUAUUGCUUAGUUCCUUCAGUUCCAUCAUAUUCUUAUAAUGCCUACAAGUUGUAUUGUUCAGAUUCUUCAUCCUCUGCUGAAUCUUCAGAUUCUUCAUCCUCUGACUCUGACGAAGUGUUUGAUUUGAAUCAAUUUCAUGAGAAUUCUAAAGCUAAAUCAGAUGCUAAAGCUAAAUCAGAUGAGAAAAUAGCUAAGGAAGAGAAGAAGGAAGAAGAGAAAAUAGCUGAUUCACCUGUUGGCUAUUAUUCAAAAGAGGUUUUCUAUUACCAUUUGAGUGUGUUAAGGAGUGUAAUAGAUCGGGAAAGUAGCAGUGAACCUUAUGAGGGACUGAUAAUUGCUCAAUAUGACUUUAAAGAGCCUUAUUUACAAUGUUCAGACAUUGACGUCAUUGCCUUGGCUGUUAUGUGUUUGUUACUUAAAUAUGCUUAUUCUUGUCAUUUUGAUUAUGCUAAAUGCACUAUUGGCUAUAGAAUGAAAAUACCUACAGGUGAUGUUUCCUAUACGGUAGGUAGUGCAUUCUCUUUACUUGACUCUCACGGGACUGCUGCACCUACCUUUGGUUUAUAUACUAAUAUUUUGAAGUUGAUUAUGAAAAAAGCCGAAGAUUAUGGAAAAUCUCAUCUAUCAGGCCUCUUCAUAAGAGUUUAUCUGAGCGGUAAGCAGUCAAAAGCUAAAGACAUCUCUUUGACUUCCGAUCUAAUUGAUGAUACAAAACUGUGGCAAUUACUGAAUGAUGUCAAAUCAAGUGCCGGGUUUCUAGUUGUGCAGCCGGGUGAAGAUGUUGGAGCCAAGCCUGCACAUGCCUUUGAAACCUUUUAUAGUGAGGACCAUCUGCUUAUUAUGUCUGAAUUUAAAGACCGCAGUCGUCAAAUGCUGUUCAGCUUUCUUGGUCGCUUAGCCGUGGUUGCUAGAAGUAGAAAGAUUCAAAGGGUAUAUUUUCAUAAUUUAGGAUUCGAUGGGAUUCUCCUUAUGCAGUAUUACGUGUCUCUUGGGAAUAAGUACACGAUCGAGCCCCUUAUGCGCAACUCGCGACUAUAUGAGCUAGCUGUAUAUCAGGAGGGUAAACUUCUCUUCCGGCUCAGAGAUUCAUACUUGCUUCUUCCAAGUAGUCUUGCUACAUUAGCGGAGACUUUAUGUCCACAAUUAGGACCUAAAGGCUCAAUCCCAAUAGCCCCUGCAGACUUGCAAGUGUCUCAUCUGCUUCCUAUGGGCCCUCAAUUGCUGAAGUAUAUGACGCAGGAUAUUCGACUAUUAGGCGGUAUAAUGGCAAGUGCUCAAGAAAUUUAUUGGACUCAAUAUAAGGUUGAUAUAUUGGGGUGCUUAACUUUAUCAGCCCUAGCUAUGAACAUUUUUCGCAUUUCAUACUAUGAUCCGGAGAGCUGGCCUAUACAUAUCCCAAGUCGGAACGAGGAUGCUUUCAUCAGACGCGGCUACUAUGGUGGCCAUGCUGAUACAUAUAUUCCCUAUGGUGAGGACUUGUACUACUAUGAUGUCAAUUCUUUAUACCCUUUCAUUAUGAAAACCUAUGAUAUGCCAGGUGGUAAGCCUGUCUGGCAUGGUAAUUUAGAAGGCCGUGAGUUGUCAACCUUGUACGGAUUUAUAGAAGCUUAUGUAGUGUGCCCCCCUACCAUUAAGCGCCCUUUCUUGCCAUAUCGCGAUGAGAAUGAGACUUUGCUCUUUCCAACAGGAAAAUUCGUAGGUGUCUACUAUAGCGAAGAGCUAAUUUAUGCACGUGAGUUGGGUUACACAAUUGUACCACUGCGCGGCUAUUUGUUUAAUAAGAAGCCCAGUCCCUUUGAAGGCUUUGUCUCAUCGAUCUUCGGGAAACGCAAAGAAGCAAAGAAAAAGGGCGAUGAAGCAAUGUCUUUUGGCUACAAAAUACUGAUGAACUCACUAUAUGGCCGAGAUUCGUAUGAGUAUUGGAUCAAGAAGGAUAAUUUCAUCUUUGGGGAUCGCCUGGGGGACCAUUACUAUAUAGUCAAUUAUGUCAGCAAUGCCGCCAACGCCCCUGACUCGGAGUGGAUUCCACCCAAGAUAUCGGCGGUUCAAUUGUCUGCUGCUAUUAGUGCUUGCUCCCGUAUCCACAUGUACAAGUACAUUUCGCGCGAGGACUGCUAUUAUACUGAUACUGACUCAGCAAUUUUAGGCAAUCCUCUGCCCGACGAAGAAGUAUCAAAUCUUGAAUUGGGCAAGCUGAAGAUAGAGCACAAAGUAAAGAAAGGGCACUUCUUAGCGCCUAAGAGCUAUUCCCUAGAAACGGAAGAGUCAGGCGACGUAAUCAGGCACAAGGGUCCGGCUAAAAAAAUGGUCAAUCGCGGCUGGUUUGAGGGGCAAUUCGCGGAUCUGGCCCGAACGCAGAAUAUAACAGUCGAAUCCCACUUCCGGGUAGAUUGGCACACGCUUAAUAUCGCAAUAAAGAAAUACCAAGUCAGUCUAGGUAGCAAAAUAGGCACCAAAAGGGAACCGGUAUUUGAUGAAAACGGUGCUUGGAUUGACACAAAACCAAAACAUGUAAUAGAUUUAGGUGGGCAAGAGAGCGAGGUGCUAAAACUCGAAUUGAAGAUGCUCAAAUCUGAGUUUCAAAAGAAAGAGAUCGAAUAUCAGCAUCAGAUUGCUAAUCUUAGUGAGAAUCUAAGUCAAGAAAAGGAUCAGAAUUCUAAGAUUAUUGCUAGUCUUGAGGAGGAACUUCAGCAACUAAGAGAAGAGAUGAAAGCCAAGGCUCUUCUUACUGAAGAAAAAAUGGGUAGCCCUAAAUCCACAGAGCCGGUCGAGCCUCCUACUUUUUACGACCAACCGCAUAAGAAAGCCAAGAAAGGCCAGGGUCAAACGCCUUUGGCUAAGAAACCGCCAUGA